AUGGAGAAAGCUCUAGCAACUCCUGACAACACUAUAUCUCUUUCAUCGUCUUGCUCAGCCACCGUGAAAUCACCUGCUGCUGGUUUUGAGCGUAGAACCAAACGGAGACUUUCGCAGGAUAAGGCAAGCGUGUGUGUGUCCAGUGAAGAAGAAGAAGAAGAGGUAAAAGAGAGGAUUGAAGCGUUGCAAAGGAUAAUUCCCGGAGGAACGGCGCUUGGUGUGGACGCACUCUUCGAAGAGACAGCUGGUUACAUUAUGUCUCUACAAUGUCAGAUCAAAACCAUUAAAGUCCUCACUUCAUUUCUCCAACGUUUAGAUAAACAAGAUAUGAAGUUCGGAGGGUGAAAGAUGAAGAUGAUGACACCAAGAUUGAUCUUCAUUUCGAUUAAAAAAAAAAAGAGUUCUUAUUUAAUUGUUUUAAACUCCUUUUUAAUAUAUGGGGAAAGAGAUCUCAUCAUUUUUUUUCUUUGAUUUUUUUCUCUUUAGCAAGACUAGUUCUAAUAUAUUUAAGCCGGUUCACAGUUAUGAAAAAGUAUUAACUGCGUCAUACUAUACAUAUAUAGUAGUAGUAUAUAUAAGGAAAAUUACUAUUAAUG